AAAUCAUACAUACAAACACGCCCGUGAGUCUGUAAUAAAUGAAUAAAUAAUUUAUUUUAAAAAAAAUGAAUAAAUUAAUAUUGUUCAGGCGGACGGUCGGCGACGGCGAUGGAUGGAUAACCUGAUGUUCACUAUUAUAAUCAAGACUCAAUGGAGUUCCACAACAAAGAAAAAUGGAAGAGCACAGAAUACGGAUAUCCAGUGAAUGGCUUCAAGGUCUAUCCAGGGGUUCAAGUCACGAACUGGAGUUGUUCUCUCUCCAUGGCCUGAAAAUUGUGCAGGCGCAUCGGGGUUUUAUACGCUGUAAUUUCGUGGUCUCCAAUCGCAUAUCUGAUGGAGAUGGGAAUUGGCAUGUGGGCGCUAUGGCUACUUUGAUUGAUGAUGUUGGUGCAGCUGCUAUAUUGUCUUUGACUGGCCACAUUAAAGGAUCACUUGAUUUCAACAUUUCUUUUUAUUUCCCAGCUAAGAUUCAAGAAGAAGUAGAGAUAGAGGCAAAGGUUGUAGGAGAGAAGGGAAGGCUAGUGUCAGUGGUGGUAGAAGUAAGGAAGAAGGAUAAUGGAGAAUUAAUUGCUUUAGCUAAGCAAUGGAUGUCCGUCCCCAGUAUUGCCAGUAAGAUUUGAGCUAAGACCAGUUAUACUUGAUAUUCUUUCAUGUUCUUUUAAAUUAACAGAUUAUAGAGAAGAAAACCAAAUUCAGGCAUCAUGAUUUUGUAAUGCUCUGCACUUCACAAAAUCAGCACACAAGAGGGAUCAUGGUUUUGUAAUAUAGUGAAGAGAAAAUCCCACUUCCAAUUUGUGGUUUGCUUCAAAUAUUUGCUCUUUAUGCUGUAAUCUUUUCGCUCUACCAUGGUCGUCUGUCAAAGGUUUUUUUUUUUUUUUUUUUGCACUUGUAAAUUUUUAAAGAGUUAUCAGAACAGACAUUUGACUUCUGAAUUA